CCGUCUCUGACACACUCAAACACACGCAUAUACACACCCUCCACCCCCAUCGCUGCAGUGUCUCAACUGCCUUGAAGCAAACAAGAGAGGAUAUAGAACACAGACGUUAAUGAGAGCGAGAGAGAGAGAGAGAAAGAGGGCCGCGGGAAGAGAGAGAUGUAUAUGUGAAUGUUUCACCCUGUGAACAUGAGGAAGGCAUGAAGAUGGAGCAGCAGGACUAAAGGUGGCUUGUACAGAGCCUUUCUCACCCUGCAAGGGCUUGUCUGCAGUAUCCUUUGUAAAUGGAUGCUGGCUUGUGAACACGAUUUGGAGGCCUUCAGUUGACUGGGAUAUCUCACCACAGGAAGACCAAGCAAAACAGGCCAAAGAUACAACUUUGGUGGAUGAUUUCAGAGGCUGAAGAAGGGCAAAACACUGCAAGAGCCAUGUGGGAAGAGAGUGAAAGGGGUUUGCUAUUUGCUCGCAUCAAGCCUAAACACUUUCUCUACUGACAUACACUGAACGUUCCUGAACGUUUCCUCCAGAACAUUUCCUCAGGGGGAGCCCCUGCUAUGAACCCCAGGCUUCAGUAGGCAGUCAGACCUCAGAGCCAGCCACUGUGUGGGCAUCCCACAAGUCUGGGUUCUGCCCACACAGAACUCACAGACUGCCCCUGAACAAAAAGCAUGAAACACUCCUGAGUCACUCGUCAGUGUGGUAGCUUUCCUGUCUUGUCCUCAACUAGUCUAUUGUGAAAUCUCUUCUUUCUCGAUCUCUGAAGGCUCGUACACACAAAACCCCCUCUUCAAUCCUUCUACCGCCACAUAUUCAGUCACCACUUCAUUACUAUUUGCUUCCCCAUCAAGUAGCAGCACGAGUUCCUUUGGGUUUACCACGUGGUGGAGGACCAUGGGAUGCCGUCAGAGCUCGGAGGAGAAGGAAGCGGCCCGGCGCUCGCGGCGGAUCGACCGCCACUUGCGCUCAGAGAGUCAGCGGCAGCGGCGUGAGAUCAAACUGUUGUUGCUGGGCACCAGCAACUCUGGCAAGAGCACCAUAGUCAAACAGAUGAAGAUCAUCCACAGUGGAGGCUUCAAUCUGGAAGCCUGCAAGGAGUACAAGCCACUCAUCUUGUACAAUGCCAUCGACUCUCUCACCCGCAUCAUCCGUGCUCUCAGCACUCUUAAAAUUGACUUUCACAAUCCUGACCGCGCCUAUGAUGCUGUGCAGCUCUUUGCCCUUACAGGGCCAGCUGAGAGCAAGGGGGAGAUUACUCCAGAGCUGCUAGGGGUAAUGAAACGUCUGUGGGCAGACUCAGGGGUCCAGGAGUGCUUUCAACGAUCCAAUGAAUACCACUUAGAGGACAACACUGCCUACUACCUAAAUGACCUGGACCGCAUUUCUGCACCCGAGUACAUCCCCACGGUUGAGGACAUCCUACGAUCCCGUGACAUGACCACUGGGAUUGUGGAGAACAAGUUCACCUUCAAGGAGCUCACCUUCAAGAUGGUAGACGUGGGCGGACAGCGUUCGGAGAGAAAGAAGUGGAUUCAUUGCUUCGAGGGCGUGACAGCAAUCAUUUUCUGUGUUGAGCUAAGCGGCUAUGACCUCAAACUCUACGAGGACAACCAGACGAGCCGUAUGGCCGAGAGCUUGCGUCUGUUCGACUCCAUCUGCAACAACAACUGGUUCACCAACACGUCGCUCAUCCUCUUCCUCAACAAGAAGGACCUGUUGGCUGAGAAGAUAAAACGCAUUCCCCUGACAGUGUGCUUCCCCGAUUACAAAGGUCAAAACACCUACGAGGAGGCAGCUGUCUAUGUGCAACGGCAGUUCGAGGACCUCAACCGCAACAAGGAGACCAAGGAGAUCUAUUCGCACUUCACCUGUGCCACCGACACCAGCAACAUCCAGUUCGUGUUUGAUGCUGUCACGGACGUGAUCAUCCAGAACAAUCUGAAAUACAUUGGGCUAUGCUAGGACCUGACACGGGUGGGGUGGGGUGGUGGUAGGGGGUGAAAAGCGGGCUGCCGUUAGCCUGCCGCGAGGCUGGAUAAACAAAGGCAUGUUAGCCUGCCGGGCAGUUUAUCUCUUUGAAGAGGGGGCAACAGAGGACUGGAAAGGAAAUGAGUUAGUAAGACAGUGAGGGAUGGACAAUACUGUAGAUUCAAGUGUUUCAAUGGAAACAACAGAGCUGAUGGUCCAUGGUUGAGGUGGGAUUUCUACCCUACAUGUUUGCACUGAAUAUGAGUAUGCAGAGACACCCAAACACAUGCACACCAACACGCAUCCUUAUAGUUUGCUCACACGUGCGAUCUUCAGUCAGACACUGGUUUGACAAGGCAACACUGGAAAAUUUUUAGAAAGCUGCCCCCAACUGCCUGUCAAACCUGAAACCUGAGUCAGUUAAUGCUGCUUAAUUGAAAAUAAUUUCUGCAGAAUCAAUGCUCUCUUUUGGCUUUUUACCCAAACAAUAGUAAACGGCGAGGGCACCUGAGGAGACACAGAUAUAGAGACAGAGAGAAAGCCUGUAUUUCUGGGGAAACAAGAAGUCAGUAAACAUGACGUCACAGGUUUUCUGUCUAAAAGAGGAAACUGCCACAGUCUAAAGUCGAAGUGAAAUAUGUUUUCUACGCACCAUUUCUGUUCUUUCCUUAUCAGCUGUCUGUUGUUGUUCUUUUCCUCUCUUUCUUUUAUCUUUUUGCGCUUUAAAAAAAAAAGAAAAGAAAAAAAGAACAUGUCUCUCAAACCAGCUUUUACAGCAGGUCCCUGACUCAAUACCAGGAGUAUGUUACACUCGGAAGAGUCAAAAGUAUUUUUCAUUACUGUUUCCAGCAAGAGACAAAAAAAAAAGCAGUGCCAAGAUCAGUUUGUAAAUAAAUCUGGAUCCCAUCCUUUAUGUUAAUUUUUUUUUCUUUUUUUUGGUUUAGUUUUUAUGGAUGAAGACAUUAAAUCAUGCAUGAUUUUGUUACUUUGGGAUACUAAUAUAUUUUCUUUGGGAUUAUGUUCCUCUUUUCCUAGGUUCUAAAUAAUAUAUUCCCAAAAAUAUAUAUUAAAGUCAAACACUGUGUACGAUUGUACAGUUGUCAGAGAGGAAUCUAUUGAAAAGAGUUAUAUAAAUAUAAUAAUGAUGAUCAGAAUUUUUAUGGUGACAAUGCUAACGGCGAUGAUGAAUAUACUGGUGAUGAAGAUAAUCUCACUACAGAAGCUUGGGGGUGAAAGGGGAGACUGUAGAAGAACCUGAAAACAAAGAAGCAAACUUUCAAAGUUCAAUCAUCCUUGCAUUAUCUAAAUGGAAAUUGUUAAACCAGUCAGUCAGUAUGAUGUGUAAAUAUACUGUAAGGUACACUCUUUGUUCAAACAACAUGAAAAAUAACGGUUGAGUUGGGAUGCUGUGAGUGCGAUAAAGAGAGAGUGAGAGACAGAGGAGGAAGAUCCCACUCCACUCCUCCUCUUACCCUUUCUUUUUUUAGUUCAGAGAACAACUCAGCCAAGGGCUUGACUUUACAGGAUGUCCACUUCAACAACAGACUAAAACGAUGAAACAAACAAACAAAAAAAGACGUAUAAAAGGACAAUAACUAUUAAUAAAACAACUUAUGCAAA